CUGGCCUACCAACCACAAGAGACAACAGAAGAUCCUCUGAGUAGCAGCCAUUAAUGUUAACGGAAUUAAAUCAACUAACAGAUUGUUAAUAUCUGCAAGUACAUUUUUUCUAUUUAGUAGUACGUUUAUCUACGAGGUUAAGAUUUGAUCUGUUAGGGAAAUGGGCAGAAGCAGGAGUCGAACUCCCCAAAGACGAGAGAGAAGACGUUCCCGCUCAACGUCACGGGAGCGUGAGCGAAGGCGAAGGGAGAGGGAUCGCUCUCGUUCUCGUGAUCGGGACAGAGACAGGCGCAGAAGUCGCUCGCGGUCUCCUCACAGGAGACGUUCGAGGUCUCCUGUUAGACGUCAUCGCUCCUCCUCCCUCUCUCCUGGGAGACAAAAAGACAGACGUGACGAUGAACGCAAAGAGUCAAAGGAUAAGGCAGCAAAGCCCAUUCAGAUAUCAGCGGAGGACAUGCAAGGCAAAACAGAGGAGGAAAUUGAGAUGAUGAAAACGAUGGGCUUUGGCUCCUUCGAUACCAGCAAGGGUAGGAAAACCGAUGGAUCAGUAAAUGCAUAUGCUGUCAAUGUGACCAUGAAGCGGAAAUACAGGCAGUACAUGAACAGAAAAGGUGGAUUCAACCGACCACUGGACUUCAUUGCUUGAAAGUAUCAGCGUCUCAUUGUGAUACUCAAGAAGCUUACCUCUGUCCUCCCUUCACAGUGGAUGAUAUUGUGCUUUUACCUGUUAUCUCUAACUUGUUUUGUGUGAUGCAACAGUUCUGCAUAUACCUUUUUACAAGUAAACACAUAAAUGUAAAUAAUGUUUGCAGUAAACCACAGCUGAGUAUUAACAGAAGACCCUGUGUGGGCACACUGCAUGGAGCUUUAUGUUGUUGAUGUGGAUGGUGUUUUUUCUUUUGAAAUAAAGGCUUUUGAAAAUGUG